AUGGAGGCAUACCUUGCAGUGCUACGAGAAAUUGCCCCGCAAUUCGAUGAGUUCGAGCUCACGAAAAUACCUAGAGGGGACAACACAUCAGCCGACGCUUUAGCUGCGCUAGCUUCGACUUCCAACCCAGCGUUAAGAAGAGUGAUACAGGUAGAAGGAAUAGAGAAACCCAUCAUAAACCUCCCGUGCAAAGAAAUCGAUCCUCAGGGAAUCGAACCUCCUCGCAUCGGAGCAAUCAUAACAAAAAGCAGAGCCAGGGGAGUUACCCAGAGUCGUGACGACGAAAUCGACAGUGAACUCGACGACCGACGAGACCAAAAUGAGCCGCCCGUCAGGGCCAGGAAAACCACGACCACAGUGAGCCCGCUCGAAGAAGCCGAUCAUGAAGCUAACAAUGAAGCACACAAAGCUUUCCAAAAAGAACUCGAAGCCAGACCAGACUGGAGAAUCCCGAUAUACAACUACAUAAAAGACGUCGAGCUCCCUGACGACAGAUGGGAAGCCCAAAAGUUAAAAGCCCGAUACCCACUGAGGAUCAUGCGGGAGCCACUCUGGUGGACGAUCGUUAGCAAUCAGGAUCAAGAAACUUGGCUAUUUCUGGCCGACGAUCGCCGACGAAAGCGAACAAUUCGCACUAAAAUGCGACAAAUGCCAACGGCAUGCGCCGAUGAUACACCAACCGACACUGAAGCUCUCCACAAUAUCAUCUACAUACCCCUUCAUGAAAUGGUCCAUGGAUAUAGUAGGACCACUAAUAUCCUCAGGACCAGCUCAACUGAGGUUCCUUCUGGUGUUAACAGACUACUUUACCAAGUGGAUCGAAGCCGAGGCAUACCACAAGACCACCUCCGACACGGUGACGAGCUUCAUUUGGAAAAACGUCAUAUGUCGGCACGGUUUACCUUACGAAAUAGUAACCGACCGCAAUUCAUCUCAAAAAAAUUCAAGGAAUUCUGCAACAAGUGGAAGAUCAAGAUUAAGGCCGCAAGCCCCCGUUACCCAAAGUGUAACGGACACGUCGAAGCUGCGAACAAGACCAUAAUGAACAAUCUCAAGAAAAGACUCGACCACAAAAAAGAAAGAUGGAGCGAAGAGCUGCACGGCGUCCUCUGGGCUUAUCGGACGACCCCUCACACAGCAACCCAAGAGACUCAAUUUUCACUCUCUUACGGGGUCGAGGCCGUAAUACCAGCGGAAAUCGGGGUCCCAGGCCAGCGACGCAGGGUGUGCCCAGAAGACACCGAGCUCAAUGAAGAGCUACUGAUUGAUCAACUGGAUAUGAUCGAAGAACGACGGGAAAGAGAAGCAAUCCGCGUGAAAAAUUACCAACAAGCCACGUCGCGUUAUUACCACUCUAAUGUAAGAAAUCACGCAUUCUCCAUCAGCGACCUAGUCCUUCGAAUAGUAUUCGACGGAACAAAAGAACCAAAAGCAGGAAAAUUGGGAACCAUAUGGGAAGGACCAUACAAAGUAACCAAAGAAAUCCGAACCGGAGUAUACGAGCUAGAAAAAUGCAAAAAUGGGUGCCCCGAAAUGUGA